GUAUAGGAUAUAGGGAAGAGAGAGCGUUCCCAGUUCUCGUUAGUCCGAAACUUCGAAUCUUCACGAACCACGAACCGAAGUGUCACAAAGCAAGGAACGUUGAAAACCUCAUUCGUUUUUUAGAAAUCUUUUUCAGCAACAAACUGUACGGCACUUGAUAUACAAAAAUCAUGAGGAUACUAUUAUUUUUAAUUGUGGCAGUAUUUGCCACUACACAAGCUGUCUCUUUCUUUGAAUUGUUCAAAGAAGAAUGGACAACCUUUAAGAUGGAACAUAACAAAGUUUACAAAUCUGACAUAGAAGAAAAGUUCAGAAUGAAGAUAUUCUUGGAUAACAAACAUAAAAUUGCCAAGCAUAAUGGAAAUUAUGAAAUGAAGAAAGUCUCAUAUAAACUAAAGAUGAACAAGUAUGGUGACAUGCUUCAUCAUGAAUUUGUAAAUACAUUAAAUGGUUUCAAUAAAUCUAUAAAUCAUCAAUUGAGAUUUGAAAGGCUACCUCUAAGUGCUACAUUUAUCGAGCCAGCAAAUGUGGAGUUACCAGAGGUAGUAGACUGGAGAGAACAAGGUGCUGUUACUCCAGUUAAAGAUCAAGGUCAUUGCGGUUCGUGUUGGGCAUUCUCUACGACCGGAGCUUUGGAAGGACAACAUUUCCGGCGAACCGGAGUCCUAGUUUCUUUGAGCGAACAAAACUUAAUUGAUUGUUCUGGUAAAUAUGGUAAUAAUGGAUGUCAAGGAGGAAUGAUGGAUCAAGCUUUCCAAUAUAUUAAAGACAAUGGAGGUGUUGAUACAGAGAUAACGUAUCCAUAUGAAGCUGAAAAUGACAAAUGCAGAUAUAACCCAAAGAACAGCGGUGCUGGUGAUGUUGGUUUCACAGACAUUCCUCAAGGAAAUGAAAAGAAACUGAAAGCAGCAAUUGCUACUGUAGGACCAGUUUCUGUUGCCAUUGACGCGUCGCAUAGUUCUUUCCAGUUUUAUUCUGAAGGCGUUUAUUAUGAACCUGAAUGCUCUUCGGAAGAUUUGGAUCACGGUGUAUUAGCGGUGGGAUACGGAACUGAUGAAGAUGGUCAAGACUACUGGUUGGUGAAGAACAGUUGGGGAGAAACAUGGGGUGAUAAGGGAUAUAUUAAAAUGGCUAGGAACAAGAUGAAUCAUUGUGGUAUUGCUACUACUGCUAGUUAUCCUCUUGUUGGAUCUCAGGGAUAAUUGAGUUUUCUAAAUCAUUUAAAGGAGAAAGGUCGAAGAAUGUGAUCGAAUGAAUGAAAUUAUAUCUAAAAUUAUUUUUCAUUUAAUAAUGAUGUAUUGAAUAUAUAAUACAUUAAGUUUCUCUUUGUACAUUGAGAAAGCAAAUAUAUAUUUUAUAAAUAUAUAAA